AGAGGACCAAGUUGUGAUUUGAAGUUUAUUGGUCUGAGUACCCUACAAACCUAGUAAGAGAAAGUCCUUGCACUGAAGAGUUUUUUUUUAAGUAGUGUGAAUUACAGUGAUAAUGGCACAAGCUCGAGACUUGGGGAGGAGAUACAUUAAAGCUUUUUUAAAAGGUUUCUUUGUUGCUGUUCCUGUGACAGUGACUUUUCUCGAUAGAGUUGCCUGUGUAGCGCGUGUGGAAGGAGCAUCAAUGCAGCCUUCCUUGAAUCCAGGUGGAGGACAAGCUUCUGAUGUGGUGCUUUUAAACCACUGGAGUGUUAGGAAUUAUGAAGUACAACGUGGAGAUAUUGUGUCUUUGGUGUCUCCUAGAAACCCUGAACAGAAGAUCAUUAAAAGAGUGAUUGCUCUUGAAGGAGACAUUAUCAAAACCAUAGGGUACAAAAAACAGUAUGUGAAAGUUCCACAUGGCCAUAUGUGGGUGGAAGGUGAUCACCACGGACACAGCUUUGACAGUAAUUUUUUUGGCCCGGUUUCUCUUGGACUCUUACAUGCUCGUGCUACUCAUAUCCUCUGGCCUCCAAGACGCUGGCAGAAAUUACAGCCCGUGCUGCCUCCAGAACGCACACCACUUCUGACAGAGCAAGAAUGACCUAUGUGUUAAUGAUGGGGAAAAAUAUUAUUGGGAGUGAGGCUCUGAUGGUGUAACACUAUAAAUAAGAGCUAUACCAAAUGUACUUACAUACUGUGUAACAGCAGAGAGUGUUGCAGCAGAAACAUGAAACAACACCCUUAAGUGUCAUCUUAAAUGCAAAACCCUUUUUUUUAAUCUUAUACAUUAUUACAUGAUAUGUAUUAUUUUUAUUUGGAGUAAAUAGUUUGAUUGUGAAGGAAUCUGAAGUUCAAUUUUUCCAAAAGCAAUAAAAUGUUUGAGCCAUUAUGUCUGUCUCAAUGCUCCUGUGGAUAAGACAUUAUUAAAACAUUUUAUAGAAUGUUUUACCUUUGAUUUGUUUCUUUAGCAACUUGACAGAUCCCUAGAAAUGAAUGGCUUGUUGAAAACAAAGUCAGUUCAGAACUUUAUCACUUAUGUUAAGACUGAAAAUGUGGAAACGUUUACUCCUAUUUUGAAUUGCACUAUAAUUCUUAAUAUGGAGAAUUUCUAUAACUGAAAAGUAAAAUUUGUCAUAAAAAAGAAUAAAAAUGCUUCUAUAA